AAUUUCAAGGGAUGAUUAGCUGUAGACUGCAGCGACCGGUCUUAAGUCUGUUUCAGAGUACCAAUAAAUUAAAACUAAGGUACAAGCUAAAGUAUCUUGGUUGCAGAAAUUCUUCAAGCAACUCUGACGACCUUAAAGUGAAGGACAAUAUCUAUACUAUUCCUAAUGCUCUGAGCUUCUCGCGAAUACUAUUGUCACCAAUCGUAGCAUACUCAGUAAUUAAUGGUCAGCACUCCACUGCACUGGUUUUGUUUAGUGUCGCUGGACUUACAGAUUUUUUAGAUGGCCAGAUUGCUCGGCGGUUCCCCUCCCAAAGAUCGCUGCUGGGUAGCAUUAUAGAUCCAAUCGGUGACAAGAUGCUCAUGGGAUUAACUACCGCUAGUGUUUGGUAUUCUGGUCUUAUGCCCAGCUGGCUGGUGUUUAUAAUCCUAGGGCGUGACAUUAUUCUCCUCUGUGGUGGACUAGCUGUAAAAUACAAAUCUUUGGACAAGUUCUCGAUUAAAGAACUGUUCAAUAUAGCAGACGGUACCAUAGAAGUUAAACCCGGCUGGCAUGGAAAGGUGAACAUGUGUUUGCAGCUUGGUGCAGUUAUUGGUUGUCUCGGUGCCCCUAUCUGGUCACUCCAAGAUUCGACUUAUCUUCAGGGCUAUUUAGCAAUAACAGGUGUUAUGGGUGUCUAUUCACUUGUUCAGUACAUCCUCACUUACAAAAAGGUUAUGGGAAAAAUACACUCCGAACCAAAGUGGAUGGAAGAAUCAAAGAAGGAUUCUUGAAGGAAUUAACUAAUUAACUAAAUUAACUAAAUUCUUGAAGGAAUUAACUGAAGGAAUUAACUAAAACUAAACGAGAACCUUUUGUGUAUUGCAUUGAAGUCUGGGUGAAGAAAUUAUCUGUUUGUAUGUAAAUAAUGAGUUACAUUAUUAGUUUGAGGAAAUGUGUCAAGAUGAGGAAUGAAUUAUUUUAUUGGAGCUGUUUUUGAAUGAAUUUAUUUACACUUUCCUAGUACUUCCAUUUUACAGUACAAGCCUCUUAUUUUAAAAGUUUAAUAUUCCACAAGGUUAUUAAGUUUUGAUCACAGCCUUUGUUCUCACAUUCGAGCAUCCAACGAUUCAAUAUUCAUCCUCAAUUAACCUACUAGAUUGGUACUUGGUAGAGCUAAUGAGCUAUUUAAUUUCUAGUAAGUAAGGAACUGGCUGUUGGCUCAGAACAUUAUAAACCUAUGUGUCCAACUUUUGUCUCCGUCAGCAUUGAAUAAUAAGCUUAAUCAAUCUAUUCUGCAUCACUUUAAAA